GACGCCACUCGUGGUGAAUUUUCUCAACUCGUGGGGCUCUUGAGAGGAAGCCGACUCGUGGCCGCGCUGUGCCGGGGAAAGGUUACGUUUCUUUCGGGUCACCCUUUUUCCAGCAGGAUGUACGACGACUACAACGAGCAGUAUGACAACUACGACGAAUUCGGGCAGACAGACGCGCACGAUCAGUACGAUCGGCCGAGCUACCGGCAAGUGCCCGAGGUGGUGCGUAACUUCCUGAUAUUCUUGCGCAACUGCAUCAACGAGGGCAUGAUCUUCGAGAUUCAAAACCUGUACGAGAACUCGUUCCCCAAGAUCUCGGAGCAACUGUUCGACAAGUCGCCGUGGCCGGACGCCUCGACGAUCGCUCAUAUCGUCGACAACGACGCGGUAUUCCUCACCCUGUACAAGGAGCUCUACUACCGUCACAUAUACGCGCGCAUGCAGGGCCCCACGCUGGAGCAGCGUCUCAACUCCUUCUACAAUUAUUGCGAUCUCUUCAAUUAUAUUCUGCAUCCCGACACCCCGGUGCAGCUGGAAUUGCCCGAUCAGUGGUUGUGGGAGCUCAUCGACGAGUUUGUCUACCAGUUCCAGUCGUUCGCCCAGUACCGCGCCAAUCUGUCCAACAAGACACCGGACGAGAUCGAGAAUCUGAAUGCGCACAACAAGAUCUGGGAUGUUCUCUGCGUGCUGAACGUCCUGCAUUACCUGGUCGACAAGUCGAAGAUUAAGAGCCAGCUGGAGGUAUACGCGAGCGGCGGUGAUCCGGAUUCUGUGGCUGGUGCCUUUGGCAGGCAUUCCUUGUACAAGAUGCUCGGUUACUUUUCGCUCGUCGGUCUUCUGAGACUGCACUCUCUGCUGGGUGAUUACUAUCAGGCCAUUAAGGUCUUGGAAAAUGUGGAGCUCUACAAGAAGAGCGCAUAUUCCCAUGUGCCUGGCUGCCAGAUUUCGACGGCUUACUACGUGGGCUUCGCGUACAUGAUGAUGCGCCGCUACGCCGAUGCGAUCAGAACAUUCUCCGGUAUCCUGUUGUACAUCCAACGUACCAAGCAGUUGUUUGCCACGCGUAGCUACCAGAACGAUCAGAUCAACAAGCAGACCGAGCAGAUGUAUCAUCUUCUAGCUAUCUGCCUGGUUCUACAUCCACAGUGUAUAGACGAGGGCCUGCAGCAGGCUCUGCGGGACAAGAAUUACCACGAGAAAAUGUACAAGAUGCAGUACGGCGAUCUUACCGAAUUCGAGAAUUGUUUCGUAUUUGCGUGCCCCAAAUUUCUAUCCCUGACACCACCGAAUCCAGAUAAUCCUAACGAAGACUACGUCCGCGAAGCUAUCAAGCAUCAAACCCAAGUAUUCAUGGACGAGGUGGUGCAACAGAAGAUGUUGCCAACCAUUCGUUCGUAUUUGAAACUCUACACGACGUUGCCGCUAAGUAAACUGGCCACAUUUAUGGGAAACACUAGAUCCGAUAUUGAGGGAUGGGAUCUCGACAAGGAAGUCAAUGCAUUGACGAUCCACUUAUUAUGCUUCAAGCAUAAGAUGAAGAAUAUUGUUUGGACAAAAGGCACAUCGGGAUUAGAUGGAAAAUUCCAAUCCGGUUCUGAGUUGGAUUUCUAUAUCGACCACGACAUGAUUCACAUCGCCGACACGAAGGUAGCACAUCGUUAUGGAGACUUCUUCAUUCGCAAGAUAUUAAAGUUUGAAGAAUUGAAUCGCAAAUUGCAUCAUAUAAAAAUUUAACUGAAUAUUAUUAAUAAAUUACAAUCAUUAUUAAUACUUGACAGUAUGAAAAAGAGGGAAUAAAAUUUUCAAAAAUAAAUAUUUAUUUCUAUUAAACACUUAUCGUAGAUAUUUUUCAACGCAUUGCAAAGUGUAUAUAAUUCGUGUUUGGCAAUAUCAUUGCAAUAUAAAAAUAAUGUACCAAAAUCUACAUUCACAUUAUAUUCAAAGUUUUUAUGAUUUUUUUAUAUUAGGCAAAUAAAACUGGAUAAUUGGAUAAUAUUUAGCACUAAAUGUGCGGUAAAAAUAUUGGACACUAAUCUGUGAAAAAUCGGUUAUUGUAUGUACGUGCGAUAAAUUUCUUCUGUCAGUAUAAAAAUUAUUCUAAAUGCAACUUUUUAUAAACACUAAUAUACUUGUAUCACUGGAAUAUAAUAAAUUUAAUUACAAAAAAAAGAAAAAAA